AUGGUGAAGCCAACCGCUCGCUCCCGGACUGUGGCUUCUUCCCCGGACAUUGUGAGUAGAUGGGAUGGAGGGGGUGACUUGAGAAAUGAUCUUAUCCGGACAAUGAUGAAGUGCGAUGGACAGAAGGAUCUAUGGAAGCGCACAGUGGAGAUUCAGAUCAUCAAGAGUAAGUCCAACGAGCUUACGAUUGUGCAAAGAAUAAAGAAGGUCAUCAAGUUUUGCACCCACCCGAAGCGCAUCAAGACCCACACGAGGCGGGAUAAGUACGAGAGAGACAAGGUCGAGUAUUGGGUGGAGGAGGAGACGAAAGGAAGCUACAAGGUGCUUCAACAAGAAUCAUGGAAUGACAAGCGGGAGAUCGACGUCACCGGGGGCAUGGAUUUGGAUGAGGAGAAGAGCGCAAACGAUGGCACAGAUGAUGAGAGUGACGAUCAUGAUGAUGAUGGGCACAGUGGGUCAUCGAGCUCCUGUGAGAGUGCUACAACAUCCCCGAAGAAACGAAAGCGAGGGUCAUCCAAGAAAGCGAAGAAAACGAAGAAGGCAAAGAAGGAAAAGAAGGAAAAGAAGUCAAAGGACAACAAAAAGCGGAAGGCCAAGAGAAACAAGAGUUCGGCUUCUUCCAAAGGAAGCCCAACCAAGAAAGAAGAUUUGGAAGAGGAAACCCGGGCCGAGGCGAUGGAAAACGCCACCGAGGUGAUGCAGCAGAUCCUUCGUGUCCAGGCGAAGGUGGAGGUUUGUGUGGGAAAGCUAGAGUCGUUGAAGGUGGUUCACGACUACGGUACCAAGCUGGCGCAGUAUCAUGACGAGUUGGCCGAUAUCCGAGCAUGCCACGCUGGCAAGAAGCAGCCCUUUUGUGAGACGUCGCUGAAGAAGCUACAGGACAUCGUGGUGAAUGCCGAAAAGUCUGCCAGGUUCAACAUGGAGGACACCAAGCUCAAGAGGACUUUGCUGAAGAAGGGGGCCUCCAAGGCCGAUGUGUCUCGGGCCCCCAAGGUUAGUGAGGCACACGCUUGCAAAAUCGCAGAAGCGAUGCAUCGAGAGUUGCAGGACCAUCCACGUAUCCAGUCGUCCGGCUUCAUUUCGCGGCUACAAAAUCUUCAUACAACUGGGCAUGACAACCGGAUGCCCAGUGUAUUAAAAGAUUAUGGUUUGCAAGCAGAUAUUCCUACGACGCAUGUUCCAAUUGGCCUCAACCACCCACACCCUGUGCUGCGACUACGAGAUGCAGUGCAAACUUUCGAUACGGUUGGCAAAGUACACCAUCUGUUUGCAGGGAAUGGACCCCAACAGUUGAAAGACUUCUGGUGCAAUCUGCGAAAGCUACACCCUGGCUACGAUGUGUUCGCCACCCAUGGCGAUCGGUUGCAUGCAUGCUUGCCCAUGAUGUUGCACCUGGAUGAAGGUACAAGCCACAAGAAGAAAGGCAUUAUGGUGUUAUCGGCGCAGAUAGUGCUUGGAAGGGGUUCCCGUCGAAGUGCGGGACAUAAUUUCCUUGGUUCGACAUAUCUAUCGCGACUGCUGUUUUCUGCCUUGUUGGCGAGGACAUACAGCAAGAAAAAAUCCAUACUGUAUUCUCUUUUCGAGGAAUGGACUCGAGACUUGGAGGACUGCUAUCGCAACGGCAUCAACAUUUCUGGUGUUCCUGGAAUCCAAAAACUGUAUCCUGUGGUGCUCGCCUGUAAGGGCGACUGGCCUGCACUUACCAAGGCAGGUCGUUUGACGAGGCAUCACUUACGGGAUGCUCCAUCAUCGGAGUUCCCACCUGGGAUUUGUCAUCUUUGUCGAGCCGGCCAGGCCGGCUACCCUUGGAAUGCAUUCGAGUCCAACUCGGCAUGGAUGCGUGGUGACAACCCUCUUCCUUGGACUACGGCUUCCUCUUUGUCAAGGCUUGCUCAAGACAAGCUGAAUCCAGCGAGCUUCUUUGCAAUUGACACAUUCCACGUCUGCCACAAAGGCGUGGUUGCUGACUAUGCUGCUUCGGCUGCGGAACCCUAG